AUGCGUGCGUCUCUAGCUGAAAGUUCAAGUCUGCUGCCUGCUCUGCUCUUGGCUUCUUUUCUCUAUGCCCUUUGUGUAUGUGUGUACGUGUUCUGCUCUGUGAAGCUUCCUUUCGUGUAUGUGUGUGCAUGUUCUACUCUGUGCUUCCUUUGCUCAUCUAGUGUUUUUGCAACAAAGGACCAGAAUGGAUGGCUAAACGCUGUUCGGGCCCUCCUCAUUUCUUCUUCCUGUCCUGAACGCUACUCGGGGGAAGCUACUUUAACCGUUGUCUACUACAUAAAUAAAGUUCCUACCCCAGUUCUUGGUAAUAUUUCUCCUUUCGAGUGCCUUUAUGAUUCCCCUAUAGAGCUCACUACCAACACUACACCUACUCCUGAUAUGCCUACUGUUACAUCUCAAGAUGUUUCCACACAAGCCAUAUCUCCUGAGCCAGAACCCAAAUCCUUUAAGGAAGCCUCUUGUGAUCCCUUAUGGCAGCAAGCUAUGAAGGAAGAAUUGCAGGCUUUAGAGAAAAUGCAUACUUGGGAUCUUGUUGAUCUUCCUUCUAGUAAAACUCUUGUUGGCUGUUGA